CUGUCACUGCCUGCUUGUUGUCUCUCAAAGCAGCUGCUGCAGGAGCAGCAGCCGAGCGGCGGCUGAAACCCAGCCAGAGUGUGCCUAAAAUGGCGCGGCUGGUCGGGAAGCUCAGAGGAAAAGGGCUGGGAUGACUCAUUCUAUCUGGCUGGAAGAGUGAAGAGUUGCAGAAAGCAGAAUGAGGAGGUGGAUGGGAAGCAGCGCUCGAACCCAGACCAGACGAGCUCCUUUCACGAGGAGGUGGAUGGGAAGGAGCGCUCGAACCCAGACCAGACGAGCUCCUUUCACCAUGUUGCCCACAAAACUAUAACCCUAUCCAAAGAGUGGGGCGGGGGAUGUAGCGGGACGUUGUCAAGAAUGUCACAGCGGUAAACUCGGUGAAGCUGCUUUUUGCGAUUUACGUUGCGUGGGAACUGGACCAUAAUGGCACACAGGUUAAGGCAAGACUUUCUCGGCUGGGCGGCGGCGGGAGAAGAUGCGAGAUCGCGAUAUAAAUACUUCUUCCUCCUUAAGCGAUUAUAAACACGUGUGAAGAAAGGCCUCUGUUUUAAGGUGAAGUCAUGCUUUCUGCAACUCCCCUGUAUGACAACGUUCACAGCUGGAUGAGCAAUGAGAGGGUCCGCAUGUGUGGAAUUAAUGAAGAGAGGAAAAUCCCAGUUAAUGAUGGAGAUGCUUCGAAAAGCAGGCUGGAAUUAAGGGAAGAAAAUCACCUGAACCACAGUGUGGUGGAUGCAACGGCAGUGCAUCGCAUUGACAGCCUUGCAGCUCUGAGCAUGGACCGGUCUGGACUUAUGCGGGAAGGGCUUAGAGUCCCCAGUAGUAUUGUCUAUUCCAGUUUAUGUGGACUUGGCUCAGACAAGCCCCGGGAUGCUACAAGUGCUAUUGCUGGCCUUGGAUUUGCUCCUGAAAGAAAUCCAGAGAUACAGUUCAAGUCUAAUCCCACUGAAGCAAUUGAAAAUGCGGCUGGAAAACCCCCAAAUGGCUUCAGUGCUAUGUACAAAACGCCACCUGGAAUACAAAAGAGUUCUGUUCCAACUGGGGAGACCUUAGGCUUGGACAGAAGCUCAAGUGACAAACAAAGUCCUCUCAAUGUCAAUGGUGCUAGUUACCUAAGGCUACCCUGGGUAAAUCCUUACAUGGAGGGUGCUAUUUAUCCUUUUCUCGAAUCACCAAAUAAGUAUUCAUUGAACAUGUAUAAGGCCUUGCUACCUCAGCAGUCCAAUUACAGCUUGCCACAGCAUCUGACUUAUUCACCUGUAUGUACAAAUGGUGAACGUUUUUUAUACUUGCCACCUUCUCAUUAUGUUGCUCCCCACAUUCCAUCAUCGUUAGCUUCACCAAUGAGGAUCUCGGCUGCAUCUGCAUCUCCAGCAAUUCCCUCUCUAGGACAUUGUCCAGAGAAAAACUUGUCUUGGAAGAUGGGAGUCAGUCCUGGAAAUCCUGUGGACUCUCAUGCCUAUCCCCAUAUCCAGAACAGCAAACCACCCAGAGUCCCAACUGCUAAGCCCACUGCUAGUAAUAUGCCAACAGACUCUGCUGUUCUGCUGUCUCAUUCACCAAGACCGUCACCUAGAGUCCAUCUCCCAACACAGGUUGGGGAUUCUUACUCAGAGUUUCAAAAACACUUUUCCAGAAUUUCAACAUCACCUUCUUCAGUUACACUCCCAAAGCCAUACAUGAAUGUAAGCAAUGAAUUUCCUCCUUCAAGAGUCUCUAGUGGAAAAGCUCCUAAAACACAUGACACAGGUGAAAUCUCACAGCAACCUACAGUACAUGCAAGGAAAACAGGUCAUGACAGAAAGGAUAGCAGAUCUCCUCCAUUAUUAGAAAAACAACAAACUAUUACCAAAGAUAUUAUAGACAAACCACUGGAUUUGUCGUCAAAAGUUAUUGAUGUGGAGACAGCCAAAUCUGAUAAUGUUAAGAAAAUGACACCAAGUGUGUUAGUUCAUAGCAGGGCUGGAACUGGAUUGGUUUUACCUGGAGGUGAUCUUCCAAAAGAAACCAUUCCUCCUGGAAAUAGCUGUCCAGUCUAUAGACCUGAAAUAAUUAGCACUGCACCUUCUUCCUGGGUUGUUCCUGGCCCAGGUUCCAAUGAAGAUAAUUGUGGUAAAACCAUGCAGUUGAAAAACAAGGCAUUGGACUGGGUGAUACCACAACAGCGAAGUUCUUCUUGCCCUAGGAUGGGAGGUGCAGAAGCAGUUGUCGGUAAUAUUUCAGGGUCUGUAUCCAGUGGAGGUCGCCCAGCAUCUGCUUCUCCUGCUCCAAAUGCCAAUGUAGAUUGCCCUAAGACUAGCAACUCUGUAGAGACCACUGCAUCUGUCAUACAGCAUAUAGGACAACCUUUAGCAGCAUCGUCUUCAAAGCAUAGUAGUAAGGCAGCUAAAUGCAAUAAUCAAGAACCUGUCUUCAAAGCAAAUGAGAACACCCUUGCACCAAGUUCCAUAUUUUUCCCUCCAAAUGAUGCAUUCCGGUCUCCGCCAUUGCCCUAUCCAAGAAGCUAUCUCCCAUAUCCAGUUCCAGAAGGCUUAGCCAUAGGCCCUUUGUCUCUACAUGGAAAAGGACCUGUAUAUCCUCACCCUGUUCUAUUACCCAAUGGUAGUCUUUUCCCUGGGCAUCUAGCUCCCAAACCUACCAUUCCAUAUAGCCUGCCAACUAGCAGAGGUGAGUUCAUGACGUAUCAGGAUGCGUUAGGUAUGGGGAUGGUACAUCCGAUGCUGUUGCCACAUACAGCUUUGGAGCUAAAAGAUGAGAAAUCAGAAAGGAGAUCUAGAUCACAUGAAAGGCUCCGUUAUGAAGACCCUGUUUUAAGAAACCGAUUGCCAGAGAUGCUGGAAACCAACACAAAACUGCAUUUUGAAGUACCUACAGACAGAAAUGUGAAAUCACACCAAAGUGCAAGUCAUAGUAAAAAUACUGCCAAAAAUGACAAACACAUGUUUGCAGAACUGAGAGAGGAGCAAGAUGUGAAAGGUGAAACAAACCUUACAAAACCCAGUUUUCCUGUUGAAAGCAGUAGUCAAGCAAAUGACCCCACAAAGCACAGGGUGGAACCAGCCUUUCCUCACAGAGAUUUUAUUGUAAUGAGGGAAGAAUGUGGGAGAAAUAAUUUCCAUGAAGUUUAUAACUUCAAGCAAGGCCAGAGUCCACACCCAUCUAUGUUCAACUUAAGAAAAGAGGAGCUUUCAAUAAACCAAAAUAGAGAGAGGCUAACUGUUCCUCCUUCCUCUGUCUUCUUGGAGGCUGCUCAUGGGAAUGAUGGUCUGGGUAUGUCCUUCUGCAAAAUGCCAGAUGAUGCUAAGCAGCUUUGUAUGGGAAACACACAAUCAAGUACUGAAGUCAAUCAGACAUACGCCAAAGAUGGGACUGAGGGUAUAGAACCUAAUGAUGGCAAACUCCUAAAACCUAAGCCAUCUAAACUGGCAAAAAGAAUUGCAAACUCUGCUGGUUAUGUAGGUGAUCGAUUCAAGUGUGUUACAACUGAACUGUAUGCAGAUUCUAGCCAACUCAGUCGAGAACAGCGGGCUCUGCAGAUGGAAGGAUUACAAGAGGACAGUAUUUUAUGUCUACCUGCUGCUUACUGUGAGCGUGCAAUGAUGCGCUUCUCAGAGUUGGAGAUGAAAGAGAGAGAAGGCCACGUAGCAACCAAAGACCCGGAGGUCUGCAGAUUCAACCAAGCAGACUGGGAAAACUUGAAAGGAAAUAAUGAAAAGAAGCCCAAGUCUGUCACUUUGGAAGAUGCCAUUGCUGGGCAAAAUGACAAUGGCAGAUGUGAUUUUCAUAAUACAGAGAGCACCCAAGACCACAGUUUUGAAGCUCCUGAGGACAAAAGUCCUCCAGCAGACAGUUGUUUGGAAAGGCUGACUGUAUAUGAAAAGACAAGAGACCAGUCAACAGAAGAUGUCAACCAGGCUCUUUGCCCAUCUUUGGACAGAAAGCGUAAACAUUCUGGUGAGAAAAUGCAGAAUGAUGGAAGCCUUAAAGAAAACUUUGUAGAGCAACUGGAGGAUGAAUUUGCAUCAAAAGCAAAAAGGAGGAAGAACUCCAAAGAUGACUGGCCUGAGAGGGAAAUGACAAACAAUUCCUCUAACCACUUAGAAGAGCCCAAUUGUAAUGAGGUGACCAACCUGAAGGUGUGCAUUGAAUUAACAGGGCUCCAUCCCAAAAAGCAGCGUCACCUGCAGCAUCUUAGGGAACUGUGGGAGCAGCAGGUGUCACCAGAGAGAUCCCCACCCGGCAAGUUGGGCCGGCAAAGCAGGAAAGAUUUAGCUGAGGCUGUUCAGCCAGAGGCCACUGCAAAGGUCAAAGACUGCACAGAAGAAAGGCACACCAAGAAAAGGUCAGAGGUCAAAAGCAAUAGAAGUUGGUCUGAAGAGUCCCUCAAAACAAGUGACAAUGAACAAGGUAUUCCUUCAUUCCCAGUGUCUCCGCAUAUGAAGAACCUUUCAUCCACCCAUACAAACAGCAAAAGGCAAACUCAGCCAAGCUGUACUCCAGUUUCAAGGUUGGCUGCCAAGCAGCAGAAAAUUAAAGAAAACUGGAAGACAGAUGUGCUGUGCACAGAUGAAGAAGAUUUCCAAGCUGCAUCCCUGCUGCAGAAACACAGCGACUGUGAGAAGCCACCAGGGAAACGUCAGUGUAAAACAAAACAUUUGGCGCUACAGGAGAGGAGGAGGAGGUCAUCCCUGACUGGAGAUGACAUUACUGAUAUUGAAAGCACUGAAGAGAAGCCCUCACAGCUGCAGAUUGCAAGUACCCCUCAGGAGACUACCCCAAGUCGUCCCAUGCCACCAGAAGCCCGAAGGCUUAUUGUCAAUAAGAAUGCUGGAGAAACUCUUCUGCAAAGGGCAGCUCGACUGGGAUACGAGUGGCCGCCAUUGACAUGGAGCAGAGGCAGGGAAAGUUGCAACAUGAUGGCUCCAUGUCUCAUGGAAGUGGUUCUGUAUUGUUUGGAAAACAAAGUCUGUGAUGUAAAUCAUCGUGACAAUGCUGGUUAUUGUGCCCUACACGAGGCCUGUGCCAGAGGCUGGCUGAGCAUUGUGCGACAUCUCCUAGAAUAUGGAGCCGACGUUAACUGCAGUGCUCAGGAUGGAACUAGGCCUAUCCACGAUGCAGUGGAAAAUGAUCACCUAGAAAUUGUCCGAUUGCUACUUUCUUAUGGUGCUGAUCCAACACUUGCUACGUACUCCGGUAGAACGAUUGUGAAAAUGACGCACAGUGAACUAAUGGAAACAUUUCUAACAGAGUAUUUAACUGACCUGCAAGGUCGAGGUGCUGAUGACCCUGGCUUGUAUUGGGACUUCUAUGGCAGCUCUGUAUGUGAGCCAAAAGGGGAGACAGGGUUUGACAUCCUGUCAAAUCCACCUGGGCCAGGCGAUGAGGAUGAAGAUGGCUUUAGUGAUAUCUUUGAGUUUGAAUUCUCAGAUGUGCCUCUCUUGCCAUGCUAUAAUAUCCAAGUGUCUCUUUCUCAGGGACCCCGAAACUGGUUAUUGCUUUCUGAUGUAGCAAAGAAGCUCAAAAUGUCACCCCGGAUAUUCCGCUGCAAUUUCCCAAGUGUAGAAGUUGUGAGCAUCAUGGAGGCAGAAUUUUUCAGACAGGUAUCUUUGAGUCAGCUGUUUUCUUGCCAAAAGGAUUUGGAAGCUUUCAACCCAGAAAGCAAGGAAUUGUUGGACUUGGUAGAAUUCACAAGUGAACUACAGUCUUUGCUGGGAGCCUCACUUGAGUGGUUGCAUCCAGAUGAAGAUAUUGAUCAUUGGUGAACCUCCAGGCAGCUUAAUGUACAGUUCUCUGUAAAGUUAUUUCUUUAUGUAUAUGUGUUCAUGCAGUUGUUUCUAUAAAUAGACAUUGUUAAAUAAGAUACCUUUUCUUUAUAUACAUAUUAUAAAUAUAUAUAUAUAUAAAUUCCAGGUGGGUGGACUUUUGGAAGCUUUUUUUUAGAGGCGUCACUCCGUUUUUACAAAUUGUUAUAUAAUAUUCCUUUAAAUGCACACAAACUUUGGUAUAAAUUUGUUUUUACUUGGAACUUUUUUUUAAAUAAAGACAAUGGCUUUGCUUCACACGAAUCACUGGUUACACAGGAGAUACCAGUCAUAGGUGAUGUGAUCAAAGUCAUAUGGUUGGCUUGGGAGACUGUAUUAGGUAAGGCACUUCAUGAAAUUUUUGUUCUUGUUUACAAAAUUGCCUGCUUUGGCCAGGUAAAUACUAUUGAAUAUAAUUCAAUAGACUGUAAUAUAAAUUAAAACUAUAUCCACGUGCAUCAACUAAUUGUGUGAACUUUUAUAUCUUAAUUUAAAAGAUGUGAAAUUUAGUUUUCACAAGGCAAACUGGAUUGUUUAUAUAUAUAUAUAUAUGUUUAAACAUUUGAUGCUGUUUAUUUAAAAGAAGAUUUUGAACUAUUUUUUCUGUAUCUUGUAAAAUAUUGAAA